AUGGGGUGCCUUUGCUCAGGGCUCAUAUUUCCCAUGAGCUGCCUGAUCCUGCUGUGGGCGGCAGGCUCUGGCAGCAUUAAGGUCCUGCAUAAGCCCACCUGCUUCUCCGACUAUGACAGCACCUCCACCUGUGAGUGGAAGAUGGACGGUCCCACCAACUGCAGCACCAGGCUCCUUCUGUACUACAAGCAGGAUUUUGAGCCCUUUGAAAACCUCACGUGUGUCCCUAAGAACAAGGAAGACGCAGUGUGCUUGUGCAAUAUGCUAAUGGAUGUCAUAUACAGUGUGGACAAUUAUAUCCUGCAACUGUGGGCUGGGCAGCAGCUACUGUGGGAUGACUCCUUCAAGCCCAGCCACCAUGUCAAACCCAAGGCCCCCACUAAUCUCACGGUUCACAAGAACACCUCUGAUACGUUGCUGCUGACGUGGAACAACCCAUACCUCCCUGAGAAUCACCUGCACUCGGAGCUUGUCUACCUGGUCAAUAUCUCAAACGUGAACGACCCCUCGGACUUCAAAACCCAAGACGUGACCUACUUGAAGCCCUUCCUUCAUGUGCCAGCCAGGUCCCUCAAGUCUGGAGUCUUCUACAGUGCGAGGGUAAAGACUCGGUCUCCACAGUAUAACAGCACCUGGAGUGAGUGGAGCCACAGCCGCAAGUGGUACAACAACUAUGAGAAGCCUCUGAUGCAGCGCCUGCUGGUUGGUGUCAUCAUCACCUGCCUCCUCAUCCUGGUCGUCUGCCUGUCCUGCUACUGGCUCAUCAUCAGGAUUAAGAAGGAAUGGUGGGACCAGAUUCCCAACCCAGCCCACAGCCCCCUCAUUGCUAUCAUCAUCCAGGACUCUCAGGUGUCACUAUGGGGGAUGCAGUCCCGAGGCCAGAAACCAGCCAAGUGCCCACGCUGGAAGACUUGUCUGACCAAGCUCCUGCCCUGUUUGCUGGAGCAUAGGAAAGAACAGGACGAGGAUGUCCCCAAGGCCACCAGGCAUGGGCCUUUCCCGGGCCCUGCAAAGUCAGCCUGUUGCUCCGUGGAGCUCAGCAAGACGGUGCUCUGGCCGGAGAGCCCCAGCGUGGUGCAGUGUGUGGAGCUGUGUGAGGCUCCGGUGGAGGGCGACGAGGAGGAAGUGGAGGAAGAUGAAGGGAGCUUCUGCCCAUCGCCAGAGAGCAGUGGACUCAGCUUCCCGGAGGGCAGGGAGGGCAUCGUGGCCCGGCUGACAGAGAGCCUGUUCCUGGACCUCCUCGGGAGCCAGGAUCAGGGAUUGGGAGAGUCGUUCCUUUCUCCACCAUCAGGGGGCAGGAGUACUCAGAUGCCUUGGGCAGAGUUCCCUGGCACAGGGCCCAAGGAGAAGGGCCUCCUUGCCCUGGAGUCAACCAGCCUGGCUCUCACAGAGACCCCCGCUGUCGUCACAGACAACCCUGCAUACCGCAGCCUUAGCACCUUGCUGAGCCAGGCCCCGGGCACUGGAGAGCUGGACUCAGACCUGCAGCUGGCGGAACAUGUGGGAGAAGCGGACUCCCAGGCCCCCAGUGCCCCUCCAUCCUCGGUGCAAACCACCUCACACGAGCCAGAGCUAGAGACCUGGGAACAGAUUCUCCACCACAGCGUCCUCCAGCAUGGGGCAGCCCCGGCCCACGCCUUGCCCCCUGCCAGCGAGGCGGCCUCAGCCCCUGUCAGCGGCUAUCGGGAGUUUGUGAGUGCGGUAAAGCAGGGUCAGAGCCAGGACGGCCCGGCAGUGGGCUUCAACCCUUCCGGAGAGGCUGGGUACAAGGCCUUCUCGAGUUUGCUUGCCAGCAGUGCUGCCUGCCCGGCGAUACCUGAAGGGGAGGCCAGCAGUGAAGAGGGGAGCUACAAGCCCUUCCACAGCCUCCUUCCUGGCUGCUCUGAGGCCACCGCCCCAGUCCUGGUCCCCCGGUUCACCUUUGGUCUGGACAUGGAGCCCCCUCACAGCCCACAGAGCUCAUGCCUCCCAAGCAGCUCCCCAGGGCACCUCAGUCUGGGGCCAGUGGUGAAGGAAGAGGACAGCCAGAAGCCCCCAUUGUCCCCAGAGCAGGCCGCGGACCCCUUCAGGGAUGACCUGGGCAGCGGCAUUGUCUACUCAACCCUCACCUGCCACCUGUGUGGCCACCUGAAGCAGCAUCAUGGCCAGGAGGAGCAUGGCGAGCCACACGCUGUGGCCAGCCCCUGCUGUGGCUGCUGCUGUGGGGACAAGUCCUCGCCCCCCGUGAGCCCCCUGAAGGCUCUGGACCCCUCCUCAGGUGGGCUGCAGCUGAAAGCUAGUCUCCCUUCAGCAUCCCUAGCUCCCUUGGACAUCUCAGAGGAAAGGAAGUCCUCACUGCCCUUCCAGCCUGCCCUUAACAAUGCUCAGAGCUCAGACCAGCCUCCCAGGGUGGUGGCCACGGCCUCCACAGAACCCCAUUCAUGA